GGACGAAGUCGAUGACGAUAGCAGUCGUGGGAGUGACAGUGGCCACAUGGACGCGAGGAGAGCGUAGAGGAGAGCACUGAUGAGGGGAGUGACAUCGACGCCGAUGAUGAAAGUGAUGACGAGGGUGGCGAUGGCAGCGAUGACGACGGCAGAGACAAGAGCCACACCGACAGCACAGACAGUGCGGCCACACGCCUUGUGCGGCCACACGCCUUGGUACACGACAACGACAAGCACGGGCUGCGCAGGCACGGCGACCAAGCCCCCUGCCAGAGUUGAGGAUGCAGAAAAGAGUGUGGACGAAGUCGAUGACGAUAGCAGUCGUGGGAGUGACAGUGCCGACACGGAGGACGAGGACAGCGUAGAGGACAGCACUGAUGAGGGGCGUGACGUCGACGCCGAUGACGAGAGUGAUGACGAGGGCGGCGAUGGCAGCAAUGACGACGGCGGAGACAAGAGCCACGCCGACAGUGAGGAAGCCCCCAUUAGAGGAGAGUGAUUGCAGGAUUUUCUAUUCUUGGAGGUUGGACACAAUGGUUGCCGAGGGAGGGGUGCUUUAUGCUUUCUGUAUUUUUUUGCCCCAUGUCGCACACCAUGCGGAGUCUGUUUUUGCUAGUUUUUCGAGCAGCUUCAGUUUACGGAUGACUACCUCGAUACUUGUAGCAGUGUACCAUUGUAGUGUAGCAUUGUGGUGCCCUGUAGGUUUCACUUCCUUUCUGAGUUUGCGAACAUAGAUUUUGCCAUUGUUUGACAGCGCCGGCAGUGCG